UUGGGUGUCUCUCUCCCAAUAUCUCAAACAAUCAAGGGGUUACCUGAUAUAUUUGAGACUACAAAAGGAAAUUUUCACUAGCCAUAUUCUCACGACAAUGAUCAAAGCUCAAGUUGUUCAACGCAAGAUGAAGUUAUUAGACUGGAUGCACCGAAAAUUCCGCCAUAAUAGCAGUGAACCGCUCAAGGAUCUUCUCAUAGGACAGCCGUCAUUUGAUGAUCAACAUUACUACCAGAAGCCAAACUGCGAGAGCAAGGCCUUCAAACAAGCUCAUCGAGACAAACUCUUCAGGAAUUCUUUUGCUGGCCAAGAAGGAGAAGCAGUUGAAGAAGAAUAUUAUGAAGAAGAAUCAGCAGCUGAAAUGUCCGAGCUCUUCCAUGGCUUUCUAGCCAUUGGGACCCUCGGUUCAGAGCCAGCCAGCAUCAACCCAGCAACUCCAACAUUUACAUACUCUGUCGAGUAUAUAACUGAAAAAGAAACUGAAGUAACAGAGAAUGAACUAAAGCUGAUAAAUGACGAAUUGGAGAAAGUACUGGCAGCUGAAGCUAAGGAAGACUGGUGUAAUGACUCAUCUGGGAGAAACAGCUACGUGAGCACUGGAAGGAACAGCUAUGUAAGCACUGGGAGGAACAGCUAUGUAAGCACGGGAAGAAGCAGCCAUGGUAGCACCAUUACUCUCAGCGGCAAGCCAGUGGAGGGCCAAGAGACCAAUGGAAAUGGAGGUACAGUGUGUCCAUUGCAGGAAUAUCUUUUUGGAUCAGCCAUGGAAUUAUCAGAGACGCCAAAAGUGGCAAAGAAGGAGCAAAGGACAUCGCUGGGAGAGUUGUUUCAGCGGACUAAAAUGACAGAGGACAACUAUGGAGUGAAGAUUGAUAAAGAGGAGAAACGAUCUGAGAAAGAUUCUGAGAAAUCCACCAUGUAUCUCAUAAAGAAGUUCAAGAAAAAAGUCCUUCCUGCUGCUUCCAAAAGCUCAACCAUAGCUGCUGGAGGAAGCGGCGAUUCCAGUUCGGCAGAGAAAAAGCUUCAUAAGAUCCUGCAGAUGUUCCAGCGAAAGGUUCACCCUGAACAUUCAACAGGUGAGAAGGAGGCUGGGAAGCAGCAAGCUGAGGCUAAGAAGAAAACGUCUUGCAGGGGUCACAACAAUGGAAAUCAGGUUCUCCCAGAUGAAGACAUCCUGAUAUAUCCCCAGAGGACUCUUUCAAAGAAGAGCAUACGGCGCUUCAAGAGCCAACUUAACCCUCCUCAUUUCACACUUACCGGCAAUGAGUCGUGCGAGAACAAGGAGCUCUGGAUUAAGACAGAUGCGGAUUAUCUGGUGUUGGAGCUCUAGAAGGCAGGGGAAAGCAGUGGCACUUCAACCUCGACAGGUAUCCCCUUCAUGAAUAGCAAAAGUUUGUCCUUAUAAUCCCGAUUAAUACUGCCUACUGCUGAUAGGAGUGUACUUCUUUUACUGCCAAUAGUACGAGUGAGUGUAUUGCUUGGAGUUUGGGUGAAUAAAAGAGGUCCUCCUCUUAGAACACGCUACCGAGCGGCAUGUAUUGUAUUCAAGCACAUGUAUUUUGUACUGAGAUGAAUGAUAUCUGGCAUCGCCUAAAGUGAUUCAAUAAAUGUUAUUGUUCCCUCAUAUUUGAGACGAAGUCAUGGAUCCUUAAGCAAU